UAUUGGAACAGCACUUGGACUGAGACUGAUGACGUUUUCACAAGUACGUGAGUACGCAAGUACGCACAAGUAUGGAUAUUGAGAAACGGCCUCUGUCUGUCUUUACCGCUCGCUCCAGCUCACUGACGCAGCUAACAUAAUCCCAGCUAACGGUGAGGCACACAAACACAGAAUUACGCCAGAAGACACAAGAAAAACUACAGCGACUUCGUGGUCUCCAUCCUAUCCUUAGCCUGAUGAAGUACUGCAGCACUCGUGGCGGAGUCCAGGGAUGGGACUUCCGGGAUGUACUGUUCUCAGGUUACGCUCCAGACGGUGGGAUGUUCAUGCCGGAGAGCGUUCCCGUGCUGAGCUCAGAGACGCUGAGGGGCUGGAGGAGGCUGUCCUACAAAGACCUGGUGGUGGAGGUCGCCUCGCUGUUCAUCCCCAUACAACUCAUCCCUAGACGGGACCUGGAGGUCCUCGUCUCUGAAGCUCUGUCCACCUUCUCGGUGCCCGAUAUCGUCACAAUCGCUCGUCUGAAGGGCGGCCUCUCCGUGCUGGAGCUCUUCCACGGAGAAACCAUGGCCUUCAAGGACCUGGCGAUGACCUGCACAGUGCGCUUCCUUAACUACUUCCUGCAGAAAGAGAAUCGCAGAGCUACCGUUAUCGUAGCUACGUCAGGUGACACGGGCGGCUCGGCCAUCCACAGCGCCAAAGGUCUGCAUGGGUUGGACGUGGUGGUGGUUUAUCCUCGGGGACGCGUCACUACAGUCCAGGAGCGGCACAUGACCACCUGCCUGGAGGAGAACGUCCACGUGUUUGCAGCCGACGGCAGCUCUGACGACAUCGACCGCCCCGUGCGACGCCUCUUCGCCGACCAGGACCUGGUCAAGUCUCACAACCUCAUGAGCCUCAACUCGGUGAACUGGUCCAGGGUCAUGAUCCAGCUCACGCACUUCAUCUACGCGUACCUGCAGCUGAGCGGCAUCGAGCAGAGCGAGGGCGACAACGCCGCCACCGCGCAGCUGCCUGAGCUGCAAGUGGUGGUGCCAACAGGGGGCGCUGGAAACAUCGCAGCGGGCGUCAUCGUCAAGCAGAUGGGUUUACCCCUGAAGCUGGUUGCCAUGGUGAAUUCUAAUGACAUCAUUCACAGGACGCUAAGCUCCGGUGACUUCUCCAUGGCAGCUACGGUCACACAAACCCUGGCGCCUGCUAUAGACAUCCAGGACCCGUACAACAUGGAGCGAGUGUUCUGGCUGCUGUCGAACAGAGACGGAGCAUCAGUGAAGAACAUGAUGGAAGAGUUUCAGCACACACACAAACACACUCUGCCCGAAAACCUGCACCAUGAGUUGUUGGAGAUUUUAAUGUCUGGGACGGUGACGGAUGACGGCAUCCUGGAGACCAUGAGGAGGUGCUGGGAGGAGAACAGCUACGUGCUGUGUCCUCACUCUGCUGUGGCUGUGUGGCAUCACUACAACUGUCCACACACAUCUGGACUCAACAGAUGCUACAUCGCGACAGCAUCUCCGGCCAAGUUUCUGGCGACGGUGGAGCGUGCCGGCCUGACCUUUGACCCGCCCGAGGCUGUGCUGGCACUGGACAAGUUAGCCACUCGCUGCGAAAACCUGGAGCGGAGCGCGGACUGGAGCAAAGACUGGGAGGAAGCACUUAGAAGGAAACUCCAGACCUUCAACUGCACCAGGAGAAGCUCGGGAGUGUGAUGCACCUGUGACCCUUAUGACACGUUGUCAUUGUCUUAUUUUAUAUUUUAAAUUUAAAUUUCUUUUUAAAACAAAUGAACAGUGUAUGACACACUACAGCAAUAAUGUGUGAAUUUAUUCACCAAUAUUUUGACUGUUUUGGCCCCAAAACGCUAAACUCAAGGAGCAGACUUCAAAGAAAGACUUGUCUUUUGCUGCCCUCUUGUGGGAGUUUUUGUAAAAGCACUUUGACAUUUCUUACUCUUUAUUCAAAUGAAGAGAAUUAUUUGUAACAGAGUUGUUGUGUCUAAUAAGACAAUAAACUAACAAUGAAGUAUAGAAA